GCACGCUGACGACGUCAGAGCCGCGCAGAACCGGGAAACGCGGGGCAGAGCAACCAUGACGAAAUUAGCGCAGUGGCUUUGGGCACUGGCGCUCCUGGGCUCCGCCUGGGCGGCUCUGACCACUGGGGCCCUAGGCCUGGAGCUGCCAUCGACCUGCCGGGAGGUCCUGUGGCCACUGCCUGCCUAUUUGCUGGUGUCUGCUGGCUGCUAUGCACUGGGUACUGUAGGCUAUCGUGUGGCCACUUUUCACGACUGCGAGGACGCCGCCCGGGAGCUGCAGAGCCAGAUCCAGGAGGCCAGAGCCGACUUAUCCCGCAGGGGGAUGCGCUUCUGACACCUUGACCCAGUUCCCGCUGGACGGCCCCUCCCUCCCAUCCCCCAUUAAACAGUAGCAAGUUUACUAACUUCACGUAGUAUGGAGAAUGGGAAUUGGGGAUUGUGUGUACCACCUGUCUAGAAGUGAGAGGCCGACCAGCCACCUUCCUCAGGUCAUCUGAGCCUUUAUCUUUGCAUCCUGCUGGUGUUCCUCCUGUUUAUUUCAAAGGAGGCGAGGGCCCCUUCUCAAGAUCUAAGGAUGGAAAUGUUACACUUCUCUGGUCCUUUUAACCCUGUCAGGAAGUACUUCUUGAAGCCUAAUUUAGUCUUCUUCAUAACAUCCAAGCCCUGUCCUUGCCAAGGCCUUCCUGGGUCUUUCCUAGGUUGCUCUGGUUCUCUGGUUGCUCUCUUUCCUGAGCCAGCCCUCCCAGCCCAAGGAUGACUCUGACCAUGCAGUGCACCUUUGCCCUUCGCCAAACCAGGCAGGCUGAGAAUCACUGAAUAGAGAAUGAGCUUCAAUGGGCAGGGGUAGGGAACAGUUUAUUUUAAGGCACAUUCUAAAGAUUUCACCCCCAGCCUCCAAAAUUACAAAAUAUAAUCUCUAAAAAAUAAGUGCUUUGUCUCCCGGGUCUCAUCCAAUCUUCUAAGUAAAGCUCUUUCCUUGGUCCCCAGA